UCUUCUUUCAAACCAUACAAAAACAAGCUUCCCUCCUUACACCUUCUGUUUAAAAUCCUCGGCAGCUACUGAACGGCAACGUUUUAAAGGCCUCGGCAAGGUUUUUUUUCUCCAACCAUUUCCAUAAGAAUUGCUUACUAGUAGACUGUCUUUGUUGGCUUUGCUAGAAAGAAUGAUUUGGUUUGUUGGUGACAGAAAUGGAGAUUGCAGGCCAGCACCAAAGAUUAUUACUGUGCUCAUGUGGUGAAAGAGUUAAACCAAACUCCUUUUAUCCGUUGUAUUCUGGGUUUCUCUCAUUUAUGAAUAUUCCAAACUUAUUCUCAAGUUUGAACUGCAGGGGUGAAACGUUGUCUUCCAUUUCAAAAAUGUAUGGCGUGUCCGUUUAUUCAAUUGCAGCAGCUAAUGAGGACAUAGCGGACAUUGACCUUGUUUUCAAAGGACAGCUCCUUAAAAUCCCUGCUCCUUCCCUGUUAGAUACUCAACUUGAUCAGGCCAAGAAUAGGUUAUGGCAUUCAUCCGUGCACUGAAAACUCCUUCACAGAAAAAAUUUUCCACCAUGCUAACAUCAAAUGCUUUAUCAAAUGUAAGCCCGUUUAUAAAAUGAUCACAAAGUUAUUGAUGAUUUACUAGUGUUAGCAAGCUCAAUACGCUUUCCUCACUCUAUCAGCAGGCUAAAGUCACUGGUUAUUUUUUAGUUCUGGU